AUGUCAAAGGUUAUUUCGCGUCAGAUCUGUGAUCCUCAACACCAUCGAAGAGCUUCGAAGUUUAUCUAAAAUCCGGAGGCAUCCUUCCUCCUUAUUAGUUUAUAAUAAUUUAGAAAGAUGAGUGGAGGAGUGUCAUAUUAUGGGAGUAAAAUAAGCCUAGUAUCGAAUGCUGGAAUUCGGUAUGAAGGCCAUUUAUUCUCGGUUGAUACUGCCGAUUCGACGGUGACUCUUUCGAAAGUACGUUCCUUUGGAACAGAGGACAGGCCAUGUGAUCAUCCCGUCGCCCAGAGAGAUGAGAUGUAUGACUACAUUGUGUUUAGGGCUUCUGACAUUAAAGACCUGAUGGUGUGUGAAGCUCCUAAACCUCCACAGACAACCUCCAUUGCCCAAGAUCCAGCCAUUCUGCAGCACUCUGGCGCAGUGAGCUCUACCACCACCCCCAGCUUUCGGCCACCCAACACCUUUGCGUCGGCUCCAGCUCCCUUUGCUCCAUUUAAUCAGCUCCCCUACCAAUAUGGUGCUAUCGGAGGUAUGAUGCCAAAUCAGUUUGCAGCAGGCCAGGUUCAGCGCCCUCAAAUAGGAGUUGGCAGGCAGACUCCUCCACCCAACCGCAAGUCGCCCACUAUGGAGCAGGCAGUCCAAGCUUCCGGUCCGCAGUCACCCGACAAGGACAAGAACGAGAGCAGCAGUAAGGGGAGGAAAGACCACGACAAGAACGACCAUCGUGAUCAGGAGCCCCAGCCGCAGAGGAGACGAGGAUCCCGUGAGGAACAGCGCAGGGGUGGCAACAACAGGGAUUUCAGGGAUGUGAGAGAGGAGGGGCGUAAUAGGGAUAACCAGGAUCGCUACCGAGACAAUCAGAACAGGGAUCAUGAUCGAGAUGGAAACAGGAGAAGGAAUGAUAGAGGACCUCGGGAUCAAGGCCGCAGACCAGAUAACCAACAACAGCAGCAACAGCAGCCUUACAGGAGGGGUCGAGGAGGACGUGGCCGUGGUCAUCGUCCAUUGAUGGCUAAAGAUCCCAUUAAGGUUGGAACAGACUUUGACUUUGACACAGCUAAUGCCCAGUUUGAUAAGGAGGCUAUUGAGGAUGAAUUUGAGAGCAAACUGAAGAUUGUUAAUGGGGAUGAGAAGUCAAGUGAGCAUGAACAGGAAGGGUCAGGAAGUGAGACACCCACCAGUGAGAAUCAAGAUGACAAGGCAUUCUAUGAACCGGAGAAAUCCUUCUUUGACAGCAUCUCAUGUGAAUCAAAUAACCCAGAUGGAAAUCGAACUCGUCCUAGCCGCCGUGAAGAAUACAAGAUGAACACGGAAACUUUUGGAGUGCCGUUCUCCAGGGGACGCGGUCGUGGUAGAGGCGGAUUCUACCGGGGUGGUUACAAUAGAGGUGGAUACAAUAGCUACCAGGGUGGAUACAACAGGAGCGGUGGCGGAUACAGAGGCCGUAACAACUACCAAAGAGGUGGAGGAGGCGGUACAGCCUGGAAUAAUAGGAGGAAUCGCAACCAGGACUGGGGGCGAGGGGAUGCACCUCAGCGUAGGGACCGUGGAGACGAUAAUCGUAGGAGAGAGGAUGGGAUUGGAAAAGGCACUACGGAAAACAGCCAGAAAGAAGAUAUUAAAGUUGCAGAAGGAUCAUAGAAGAAAGGCAGACCAAAUGCCAAAUGAGCAUUUUUUUUGUACAAAGGACAAUUUUGUUCACAUUUGUGGCCAAAAGGAUAAGCAGAGCUUCACCGAAAGAGCUUGAUAUAGAAGCUAGCUAUGCAUGGCAGGAGCAACAGUGCUAAUCAAUUCAUGGGAACUAUAUAGUGCCUGGCUCAAAGGGAAAAAAAAACAGAUGAUGAUAAAUAUAUUUCUUAAUAUUGUAGUAGAAUUAUUUUAUUGAUCAGUUCAAUAAAGGAGGUUUAUCCAUAAAUUGCCUACUACAUGUACAUGAUUAUUACAAGAGGAAUUUCUGAAUAGUCUCUCAGAGAAAGUUUUGUUGUAUUCAAGCUGUUGAUUCGUGCUUUGAUUGGAAAGGAAGAAUUCCUUUUUUAUCAUUAUGCUUUAACUUUCACUUGUGGAACAAUCAAGUCAAGUAAAGAUUUAGGCUGGAAAGAUGUCAAAAACUUAUUAGUUUUUGUUCAUUGUGAAGUAUAAUUUACAGAGAUCAAGUGUUAUUCUUGAAUGCAGCGACAAUAUUGUAUCCCACAAAAAAAAGUAACCCAUUUUCAGAGAUUAUUAAAAAUGUUUUUUACUAUGAAUUUGAUACUCCUGGCAAGAGUGGCAUCUCAUCUACAAUUUGAAACCAACAGCUAAGCAAAUCGUCACGUGUGGCAAGUCAUAAACAAUAAACAUUGAGGUAUAUCAGAAAAGAUUUGCACAGAAACUCCUGUGUGAAUCUGAAUCCACUCUCAUUCUAGGGAUCAGUGAGAGUAUCUUAGCAAAGAAUACAAAAGAAAUGCUAAUUGAGCCAAUCGUCGAAUAAGCAUGGUCGUUGUUUCUCGAACCAAUCUAUUCCCAUUUUUCUGCGCAACCUGGUUUUGACCUUAAAAUUUCAAACUCGUCUUGCCCAUUAAUGAUUGAAGUGUUUAUCUCAUGUUAAGUAUCAAAAUAAAGUGGGAAAAUUGAAUCAUAUGAGUACGUAAAUGAAAUAUAAUUUAUUUUCCUUUGAAGAAAAAGACAUGGGAAUCCAGGUUUCCUUUUUUCUGGGACACACUGUAUGUUAACAUUUGUUCAAUGUACAAUUCACCCCCUCGCCCUUCCAGUAUUCAAUGCAUGUUUGGAAUAAAAGCACAAUUCAAUUAUUUUUAUUUAUUUCCUUGUUGGCUUUUUUGUUCAAAUAUCAAAUCGAUGGAUUGCAAUUAAGUUAAAAGUUUCAAGACAAUUAUGCUAUUGGUCACAUUUUCAUGUAAAAAUAUUGGCUAUGUGGACAAAGCAUACAUGGACUAUUUAUUUCUUGUCACUUAAUUUUAGCAAAGAAAGAAUUUAACAUCCAGCGAAGGCUCUGUUGUAUAUA